AUGGCGUGCGGCGGGGCGAGCGGCGCCAGCCCGGGGGCCGCCAGCCCGGCACCGCUCUGGUACCACCGGGACCUGAGCCGAGCGGCGGCGGAGGAGCUCCUGGCCAGAGCCGGCCGAGACGGCAGCUUCUUGGUGCGGGACAGCGAGAGCGUCUCGGGCGCCUACGCCCUCUGCGUGCUGUUCCAGAAGCACGUCCACACCUACCGGAUCCUGCCAGAUGAGGAUGACUUCCUAGCGGUGCAGGCGUAUGCCCGCAUGCAGCGCUCACGGCGCCGGCUGCGCUUCCUCGGACACCGCAGCUGUGAUCACAACAACAGGAAAAAGCAGCCCCCGGGGAGGGACGGCCACAGACAGGAGAGUGUUGUGUACUCCAGCUCCCAUGCCAGCCUUGCCCGCCGCAUUGCCGAGUCAGCAUACUCGCCUUCCCCUCCCCCCUGCCCCAGCCUCGCCCGCCAUGCGCGGAGCCGGGCUGAGAUCAGGCAGCACCUGGGGCACUGGGCCAACGCCGCUCCUGGGUACCUGGCAGGGCCUCGGAGCAGUGCCACCAACGGCCUCAGCACGGUCUCCCACGAGUACCUGAAGGGCAGCUACACCCUGGACCUGGAGGCUGUCAAAGCCGGGGCCAGCAGCCUGCCCCAUCUCAACAAGACCCUGGUCACCUCCUGCAAAAGGCUACACAGCGAGGUGGACAAGGUCCUGUCCGGGCUGGAGAUCCUCUCCAAGGUGUUCGACCAGCAGAGUUCGCCUGUGGUCUCCCGGAUCCUCCAGCAGACCGCCGGCCAGACAGGAGAGCAGGAGCUGGAGAACCUGGUGCUGAAGCUGUCUGUCCUGAAGGACUUCCUGUCCAGCAUCGAGAAGAAGGCUCUGAAAGCUCUCCAGGACAUGAGCUCCACGGCCCAGUCUAUCCUGGCCCAGCCCUCCUCCCGCAAAGCCAAGAGCAUCCCUGUGCAAGCGUUCGAGGUGAAGCUGGACGUCACCUUGGGGGACCUCACCAAGAUCGGCAAGUCGCAGAAGUUCACGCUGAGCGUGGACGUGGAGGGCGGGAAGCUGGUGGUGCUGAAGAAGCAGAAGGACUCCCAGGAGGACUGGAACACGUUCACCCACGACAAGAUCCGACAGCUGAUCAAGUCCCAGCGGGUGCAGAAUAAACUGGGGAUCGUCUUCGAGAAGGAGAAGGAUAAAACUCAGCGGAAAGAUUUUGUCUUCGUCAGCGCCAGGAAGCGGGAGGCGUUCUGCCAGCUGCUGCAGCUGAUGAAAAACAAACAUUCCAAGCAGGACGAGCCCGACAUGAUCUCCGUCUUCAUCGGCACGUGGAACAUGGGAAGCGUGCCUCCCCCCAAGAGCAUCACGUCCUGGUUUACGUCGAAGGGCCUGGGGAAGACGCUGGAUGAGAUGACGGUCACCAUCCCCCAUGACAUCUACGUCUUUGGCACCCAGGAGAACUCGAUGGGGGACAAGGAGUGGGUCGACUUCCUCCGGAGCGUGCUGAAGGAGUUCACGGAGAUCGAGUACCGCCCGAUCGCGAUGCAGGCCUUGUGGAACAUUAAGAUUGCCGUCCUGGUGAAACCGGAGCACGAGAACCGGAUCAGCCACGUCAGCACCUCGAGCGUGAAGACUGGGAUCGCCAACACGCUGGGCAAUAAAGGGGCCGUGGGAGUCUCCUUCAUGUUUAAUGGCACCUCUUUCGGCUUUGUGAAUUGCCAUCUGACCUCAGGCAACGAGAAGACGGCCAGGCGGAACCAGAACUACCUGGACAUCCUGCGCUUGCUGUCCCUGGGCGACAAGCAGCUCAGCUCCUUCGACAUCUCGCUCCGCUUCACCCAUCUCUUCUGGUUCGGGGACCUCAACUACCGCCUGGACAUGGACAUCCAGGAGAUCCUCAACUACAUCAACCGCAAGGAGUUCGAGCCGCUGCUCAAGGUGGAUCAGCUCAACCUGGAGAAGGAGAAGCACAAGGUCUUCCUGCGAUUCGGCGAGGAGGAGAUCACCUUCCCCCCGACCUACCGCUACGAGCGGGGCUCCCGCGACACCUACGUGUGGCACAAGCAGAAGCCCACCGGGGUCCGCACCAACGUCCCCUCCUGGUGUGACCGCAUCCUGUGGAAGUCGUACCCCGAGACCCACAUCAACUGCAACUCCUACGGAUGCACUGACGACAUCACGACCAGCGACCACUCCCCUGUCUUCGGAGCCUUCGAAGUCGGAGUGACAUCCCAGUUUGUCUCCAAGAAAGGGCUCUCCAAGGUCUCAGACCAGGCCUACAUUGAGUUUGAGAGCAUCGAAGCUAUCGUGAAGACGGCCAGCCGGACCAAGUUCUUUAUCGAGUUCUACUCCACCUGCCUGGAAGAGUUCAAGAAGAGUUCCGAGAACGACAUGCAGAGCAGUGACAACAUCAACUUCCUGAAGGUUCAGUGGUCCUCGAGGCAGCUGCCCACGCUGAAACCGAUUCUGUCCGAGAUCGAGUAUCUCCAGGACCAACACCUGCUGCUCACAGUCAAGUCCGUCGAUGGCUACGAAUCCUACGGCGAGUGCGUGAUCGCCCUGAAGUCCAUGAUUGGCAGCACCACCCAGCAGUUUCUCACCUACCUGUCCCACCGCGGGGAGGAGACGGGCAAUAUCCGGGGCUCCAUGAAGGUCCGGGUCCCGGCCGAGCGGAUGAGCACCCGGGAGAGGCUCUACGAGUGGAUCAGCAUCGACAAGGAUGAAACAGGAGCUGCCAAGGGGAAGCUGCCGCCGGUCUCCCGGGCCAGCCAGGAGCACGCCAAAUCCGCCGGACGGAAGCCCCUGCCAGGGGAGACGGCAGCCUGCCCCCUCGGGAAGCUGUUUGACGAGCCGGAGAAGCCCAGCGCCCUGACUGCCAGCCGCCUGCCAGCCCCGCUCCGCUGCACCUCCAGGGAGGAGACCUCCCAGACCAGGUCCAAGCAGGACUCGGCCUCGGAGCCCGACGGCGGCCCCACGAAGAACAGCUUCAAUAACCCGGCCUACUACGUGCUGGAGGGGGUCCCACAUCAGCUGCUGGCCGCGGACCCCCCCGCCCCCUCCAAGGGGCUGGCCCCCAAGAACAAAGUGCAGAUCACGGUGCCCGUGCAGCCGGAGUGGCGCCGCCAGCCGCUCCCGGGCCGGGGCGAGGAGAGCUCCUCGGACGAGGACACGGGCACGCUCAACCUGCCGCCCCCCGACUUCCCUCCCCCGCCCCUGCCCAAGGCCGUGGAGUUUGAGGUGGCCGAAAACCCUCUCUACGCCAGCGCCAAGGACCUGGCUGGGGCAGCUGGCAGGGAGGAACCCGGCACCGCCAAGCCGUGGGCUUCCGUGGCCUUCAGCGACCCCUUGGAGUCCAAGCUGGCCCCGCCCAAGCUACACCCCAGGCCUCCCCUCCCCCCCGGACCUGGCUUCCUGGUGGAGCCCCCCAACGCCCCCCAGGCCCAGGGAGGCCUCCUGGACGAUCGCUCCUGCUCAGUGCUGCAGAUGGCCAAGACCCUGAGCGAGGUGGAUUAUCCGGGCAGCAAAGGGGGCAGCGGCCUGGGGCGGGAGCAGCAGGGCCGGCCGGCCCCACAUCUGCUCAGCAAAGGACGGCUGGACCUGCCCCCAAGGUGCAUGCACCCGGACUACAGCCGGCCCAUCACCUUCCCACCCCGCUCCAUCCGGGAGAGCAUCGAGGAGGACCUGGCUGAGGAGGCGCUGGGCCAGGGAGGGAGGAGCAGCUCCAGCCUGAGCGAGUGCAGCGUGGGCGAGUGGCUCCUGGCCCUCGGGCUGGAGCGGUACGAGGAGGGGCUGAUCCACAACGGCUGGGACGACCUGGAGUUCCUCAGUGACAUCACGGACGAGGACCUGGAGGAGGCCGGGGUGCUGGAUCCCAAUCACAAGCGCCUCCUGCUGGAGAACCUGCUGAAGCUCAGGAAGUAGCAGGAAUCUGCGCCUCCCACGCCAGGGCCCGGGCAUGCCUCUCCUGUUCGCAUCCCCCGGCCC